AUGUCAUCUGAUAGGCUUAACCAGAGGGGGAGGCGGGGAGAAGAGGCUAAAGAGAGGAGGAGGAAGAGGAGUGGGACAGACUGUCGAGCUGCUGAGGAGGAGAUGGAGCAAAGCGUCAUCCACCUGAGCCACUGCCAGAAGGAGAUCUUCUGCUUCGCGGUGCCUGAGGUGUGUCCCAGCUGCGGGGAGGAGCUGAAGGGCCGCAGACUGCAGGAGGCGCCGGUGAGCCUGCCGUCCCCCUUCACCGACGGACACAAGACCUCCUGCUGCCUGCUGGUCGCUCCUGCACACAACAACCAGGACAGAGACUUUACUGGGACAUCAGACCUGCACACUGGCAUCUCCAACACUAAAGGUGUUGUUUAUAACUACACUCAGGAUGGUGUGCGGCGAGAUCAGAUUGGAUGGAGCCACUGUAUCAGCGUCCCCCUGGUCCGACCCGACAUGUUUCACCUGCUGGCUCAGUGGGACCAGUACCUGGAGACGUUCUCUGAGGGACCCGCCUGGGACCCAGUGUGGCAGAAGUUCCAUGAGGAAGACCACAACUGCUUCAGCUUCUGCCUCCAGUUCCUGAAUGGCAUCCUGGCCAUGGAGGGUCACGGCGCUCUGAGCCGGGACGACUUCACCCGCUGCUUCAUCCUGCCGAGGAUGAGGAGGGUGUCAAAGUACACCACGCUGAUCCGGCAUCUGCAGGAACACCAGUACUACCUGGCAGACAGACAGGAGACACUGGGAGACAGGCAGGAAGAGUCGGUCACCAACAGUUAAACCAGUCUAACCACAAUUAAACCAAUCAUACUACCAGUUAAAACAACCAUACUUCCAUUAAACCAGUCCCAGUAUUGCUGAAGCUGAACACUUGAAACAACAGCCUGACUACUAGUUAAACCAGUUUAACCAGUUGGUCUGUUUUGGUGCGACAUGAAUGUUUAUUUAUUGUUUGUAAAUAAAGAUAAAUAUUUUCAUAAACCAUAACA